UCUCUCUGUAGCUCCAGAGAAGUGACCGGAAUAAUUUCUCUGCUUUUCACAGGGCAUUUUUCAGCAUUGGAGUGUGGAAAGUGUUUCCUGCUCACGGGGGCAUGGCCGAAAGGCAGGACUAACUGCCCCAAGUCUUCAGUGUCAGGAUGAAGCGAGAUUGGGUUCGAGGAGGCAAGAUGUGGCUUGGGAUCCUGCUGGCAUUUCUGCUCUGUUCAAGCCUUGAAGGACAGACAAACUCCCUGACCAUCAACAGCGUCCACAUGAUGAUCCUGCCAGAGCUGGUUGUGAACAAUGGGGAGAACCUGACCCUACAGUGCACGGUGGACAUCAGCACCAACCUGCAGGUGCAACCCCAGCACCUGAUGCUCUUCUACAAGGAUGAUGUGUUGUUCUACAAUGUCACCACCACCCAGAGUACAGAGAUCUUCUUCAUCCCCCAAGCCCGGGUGUAUGAUGCUGGAAUGUACAAAUGCAGGGUGAUCCUCGACAACAAGAAGGAGAGGACUACGUCUGAGUACCAGGUGUGGGUGAAAGGAGUGCCCAGCCCCAGAGUGACACUAGAUAAGAAAGAGGCCAUAGAAGGUGGAGUUGUGCUGGUCAACUGCUCUGUCCCAGAGGAAAGACCUCCAAUACAUUUCACAGUGGAAAAAUAUGAACUUGAUAUAAGAGAUGCCAAGCUGAAGCGAGAAAAGACGUCUCACUAUCAUAAUUUUGUGACCAUGGAAUUUCCAGUUGAAGAACAGGACAAGAUUAUAUUCUUCCAGUGUCUAGCCAGCAUUGUUUCUGGGACCCACGUGGAGACCUCCAGUACCAGCAGGAGUGACAUGGUCACUGUGACGGAAUCUUUCUCUUUGCCCAAGUUCCACAUCAGCCCUGAGGGGAAGAUCAUCGAAGGAGACCAGCUCACCAUCAAGUGUACCAUUCAAGUGCCGCACUUCAUCCAGGCAUAUCCGGAGAUCAUAAUCCAGAAGGACAAAGUGAUUGUGGCAAACAACCGUCAUGGCAGUGAGGCUGAGUACUCGGUGAUGGCCUUGGUGGAGCACCAUGGCAACUAUACCUGCAAGGUGGAAUCCAGCCGCAUCUCCAAGACUAGCAGCAUCCUAGUCAAUGUCACAGAGCUGUUUUCUAAGCCUCACCUGGAAUCUUCCGCCCUCCAUCUGGACCACGGCCAGACCCUGAGCCUGUGGUGCUCCGUUCCGGGUGUCCAACCCACCAACUUCACCAUCCAAAAGGAAGGCAUGAUUGUGUCGCUGACUCAGAAUUUCACCAUCAUUGCUUCGGAGUGGGACACUGGCAUGUACACCUGUGUCGCAAGCAUUGGCAAGGUGGUCAAGAAAAGCAACAGUAUCUACAUCAAAGUGUGUGAAAUGCUCUCCAAACCCAGGAUUUUCUACAAUUCCAGCUCCGAGGUGGUUAAAGGACAAACCAUACAAAUUAGCUGCCAAUCCAUCAAUGGAACCUGGCCCAUUUCUUACAGUCUUCUAAAGGCAGGGAAACUUCUGGAGAGGAAAUACCAGGACUUCAACCAGCCCGCAGUCUUCAAAGACCAGCCGACCAAGGACACGGAGUAUCAGUGCAUCUCUGACAAUUGCCACUCGCACACGAAUAUAGUCAGCAAAGUUCUGCACGUCAAGGUGAUAGCCCCCGUGGAUGAGGUCAAGCUCUCAUUCCUGGUCAGCGAUAUGGUAGAGUCCGGGAAGACCAUUGAGCUGCAGUGCUCUGUGAACGAAGCGUCUGUCCCAAUCACCUACAAGUUUUUCAAGGGGGACGAGAACAGGCCCUUCUACCAGACCUUCUCCAACAAGACUCAGGUUAUUUGGCGCCAGGCAGACGCUAGCAAGGAGCAGGAGGGCCAGUAUCACUGCAUUGCCUUCAACAGAGCCAACCAGCACACCCGUGCCCCCCGGAGCAACGCCCUGACCGUCAAAGUCUUUUUCGCCCCUUGGAAGAAAGGCCUCAUCGCUGUAGCGAUCAUUGCUCUUAUCAUUGCUGCCUUGAUUCUGGGAGCCAAAUGCUACUUCCAGAGGAAAGCCAAGGCCAAGCAGGUGCCGGUGGAGAUGUCCAGGCCAGCAGACCCACUUAUGAACUCUAACAAUGAAAAGAUAAUGUCCGAUUCUGGGGCUGAAGCCAACAGACACUACGGUUAUGAUGAUGUGGGAAACCAUGCCGUGAAAUCAAUAGAUGAGAAUAAAGAGCCUCUGACAAUGGACGUGGAAUACACAGAAGUGCAAGUGACAUCCACCGAGCCUCACCGAGGUGUGGAGGCCAAGGGCACGGAGACCGUUUACAGUGAGAUCCGGAAAACUGACCCUGAUUUCCUGGAAAACAGAUAUUCUCAAAGAACGGAGGGAUCCCUUGACGGCACUUAGAAGGGAGGACGCUGUUCCCGGGGAGGAUCAUCACACCGAAGAGGAGCAGACAGACGAUGAUGCCCCGAGCUCCUCAUGCUUCUCCGUGAACCUGCCUUGCUCCCCGGACACAGUCCUUCCAGCAUCCACCACUCCGUCCAUCAGUUCAGUUCAUCCUGUUGCACCUUGGUGGGGGCUGGACCACUUCCCCAGGGCCCCCACUCCACCCACUGAAUUGGCACCUCCUGGGGAAGGGAGAGCAGCCAGAAGGUUUUGGGCCGUUGAGAUAUUGAGAUAUUUUGAAACUUGAAUCUUUGGUCUUGUCUAGAGAUAAAGAACUUUUCCAAGUACCUUCCCCAAAGGAAAACUGUCUGGGUCAGGCCAACAGUCCCUGCAAGCAAGCACUUGGCCUAGCUUGGGGGCUGCUUUUUUUCUUCAUUUUUGGGCCUUCAAAGGCCUGCAGCUCUGGAUCCUAAUUGCUUGGAGCAAGGUGAGCCCAGCUCUGACCCCUUCCCUGCUGUAAUCUGGUCCUCUGGGCCCAGCUGGACCAAAGGCUGCCAGGGAAAACCAUGGAACCAGCCUGAUCUGGGGCAACAUAGCUUUGACACUGGAGUCAGACAAAGCUCUGAUGGUUCUUUGUUGUUUUAUUUUUUGAUCUGUUUGUUUGUUU